ACGUCCAGCCCAUGACCCAUCACAACUUGAUCAUUUUCUUUCUUACUCUUUCUAUUUUUUUUUUCCUCUUUUGAAGAUUUCAUAUUCGCUCUCUUAAAUUAUACUUAGCUUUGCCCUAAAUCUGAAAGUUCUGAGAUUUUAAUCUGUAAAUAUUGUCUAAGAAAAUGGGAGUUGCUGUCCUGAACCCGCAAGAUUGCCUCCGGAAUCCUUUAUCUUAUCGACAAUCGUUAAUAACACCUCCUCCUCGCAUGAAAUCUCCAAGAAAUCCUAACCCUAACCAAAAUCAAAACCAAAACCGACCUAAUCGGUCUCAGCCCAACCGUAGAAAACGAAUCUCCAACGCUUCUCCUACCUCACGCGCUGCCAUUGUUGCUCCGCAGGCCCAUCCCAGAAAACUUCUUAUGGGCCAGGUCAAAAUUCUCAAGCGUGGAGAACAACUGGCAGAAGUAACUCCAGAAAAGGUCUUGCCUUUGCCGGCUAAAGUAGAGAAAAACGAAGAUGUAGAUCUGGGAUCGACUCACCGGCUUGGACCCGAUCCAGAGCUGGUUCCUACUCAGAUCCGACUCGCUGAGUCUAGCAAAGCAAAUGGUUUUUACGCCGGAUCGGCGUUUAUUACUUCACCUCCUCCUAGUUCUCUUCCUUUGCCUGCUUUUUUUAUGAAAAAGACCGUGGGUCUUCUCGAUGUGAAGAACACCGACACCGAUGCUACUAGUGAUUUGAUCCGGAUUUUGGGCCUCAGCUUACAGUGAUUGGUCCAUGGACGUUUGAUGGGUGGAUUGUACUUGGAUCUGGAGUUGAAGAAGUUUUCUUUUGUGUUUUCCAUCGCUCUUCUCUUAUUUUUUCAAGGGGAAGAUCGAGUCGGUUAACCCAAGCUACGCGUUGCGCGAUUAAGCGCUCUAGCGGUACUUUUUAUUAAUGUAUAGCUUUCACUAGGAAUAGCUAAUUUAUGUCAGCUUAGAAUCAAAAUGGGUUGUUUAGUGUUGUUAUGGUGGGUUUCGAGUCGUGAUUUAAUUAUAGUUGCUCUUUAUCCUUCUGUGUUGAAAGUAGAUUGUGUUGUCUAAAUCUGUAUUCAGCUGCUAGCCUUCUUCUCCUCCGUUUUUAAAUUAAUGAAAUCCCUAUCUUUCUAAGGUAAUUUGUAAUGCCUCAUUCCUGUCAUUUGUAUUGGAAUCGUUGUAUAUUCCAGUAAAUGGUUAUUUAUCUUCCA